UAAACGUUAAAUCUCUACUUCAUGAUGUUACUCUUUUGUAAAUAGAAUAAAUAACAUUUAGAAAUGAAAGUUUUAAAGGAGGAAAUUAUAUUCCGGUUUUAGUAGCACUAAACAUGGUAAACGAUGACAGUGAUGAUAAAACUGCCACUCGUACGAAACCAAGAUCUCGUGGUUCUGACUUCCGUUCUUUGCGUAUACUGGUCAUCGAACCACGAGGCCGGUAUUGUAAAUCGGUAUGGUGUGCCAUCGGUAUUGGGCUAGCUCAUGUCUUUAUAGGGGCGACAGUUAUGACUGCUUUGUUGUUUCAUUUAAAUGUAGGUGACCUUCACGCUGUCCUGUGUACUGUUGCAUAUCAUUUCUUUACCGCAGAAGCUAUAUUGAGCUUGAACUACGCCAAUGGUUGGUCGGCUCCAUUGCAUUUACGGCACAGGCGAUAUGCACACAUUUUCCUGCAAUUCUGCGGUAUUGUCUGUGGCAUAACGGGAACGCUUUUAGUAUGCAAGUCCAAAGGUUUAUCAGGAACUGUACAUGGUGUAACCGGUAUGGCAACAGCUACAUUGGCGGUCAUAUCGCUUCUAACUGGGCCUUGUGGUUUAUUACGCGGUCGUUAUUUUAAAUUUGUUCAUACGUGUUUUGGCAUUCCAACAUUUCUGUUAUCAUCGAUAAGUCUUUGCAGUGGUUUAUCUACGUCUGAUUUCGAAAAGUGGGCAAACACAACUGUGAUAUUUAUUUUGAUAGGUUUCAUUGUUUUCUAUACGGUAUUUAUUUUGGUGACGUGUUUUAUAAAGUGUAUGAUGAGGAUUUAUUAA